UGCUCCUUUAAUAUGAUGUUUACUUAUGUCUACGCUGGAUGGGAAAGAACAGCCAAUGACUCACGAGUGCUUCUUGAUGCAAUUAGAAAAGACGAUAACUUUCCCAUGCCACCACCAGGUCUUAAAUUACACUUGUCUUGAUGCAUAAUAAUUUUCUUUCACAUUCCCUUGUUCAUAAUAAGUGAUUUUAAUAUAGGUAAAUACUAUGUUGUUGAUUCUGGCUAUCCAAAUAUGCCUGGGUUUCUAGCACCAUAUCGUGGUGAACGUUAUCACUUGCAUCACUUUAGAGGAAGAGGGAACCAUCCUAGAGGUGCGAUGGAGUUAUUCAAUUAUAGGCACUCAUCAUUGUGCAAUGUGAUUGAACGUUGUUUUGGACUUCUUAAAGCCAAGUUUCCAAUUUUGAAGUCAAUGCCUCCAUACUUGCUUGGAAAGCAACGUCAAAUACCAAUAGCAUGUUGCGCUAUUCACAACUGGAUCACAAUGCAUUCUAUUAAUGAUAGAAUGUUUGAACAAUAUUCAGUUGAUACCACACCUGUUGAAGAUAUUGAAGGAACUGAAAGCCAAUCUAAUACAACAAUAGAAAACCAGCAAGAAGGAGAUGAAGCAAGAAUUUCUGAGGCACCACAGAUUAAUUUCAGUCAAGCUUAUAUGGCUAAGAUGGAAAAUAUUAGAGAUAACAUUGCUGGACAAAUGUGGCUUAGUUAUAACAAUAAUGUGUAGUUAAUUAAAAAUAUAUAACUUUAAUUUAGAAAACAAAUCAA